CGAAGGGUUAUCGACUAAAAUCAAUAAUUUAGGAAGUGAAAAAAAUGGCAGGUUAAGAUAACUCCUGGAGUUUCUCUCUGCCAGUGUGACUUAAUUUCUCCGGAGAGUGGCAUUGUGUUUCCAGUUUCAGAAGCUGACACCAGAGUAAGCAGUGGUGAAUAGUACGGCAAAAUCUAGGAGUGACAAACAGAAUCUUAUCAAUUUGAAAGAAGAAAAUCCUGGAGGUAAUCUGUAAAGGAAAACCGGCUUACAUUGGAUAAACUGAAUCAUCUUUAAGAGGUGUGUCCUGGCUCAAACAACAUUACCAGCAGGAGGUCAACAAGGAAUGGAUAGAGUCCAUGAUACUGUAGCCUGGUAUCAGAAACAGAUUGGAUCAUACGACAAACAACUUUGGGAGCAGUCGGUGGAGUCAAGAGUCUUACAGGGGAUACAGUCUGCCCCAAGAAGGAAUGUGAAGAUAAAGACAGAGUUAAUUGAUGUAGAUUUAGUCAGAGGCUCAACUUUUUCCAAAGCAAAACCACAAGUAUCAUGGACUUACAUAGCUCACAAGGCAGUCUGCAGGGUUGUGUUUUAUCCCCUUUGUUAUCGAUGGUGGCGCCAGCAGGUGACAUUCAAGUUCUGGCUCUUCCUCCUAAUGUUAUACAUCCUCCAGGUCUUCACCAUUAUCAUCUUCAUCCGCAAUGUCGGUGACAGUGUCACUAAAGACGAACUGAGCCUGACUCUGGUUGUGAUCCCCACCAUCCUGAUGCUGCUUCUAGGGGUGGUUCAUUCUCAUACAGUCGCCUCCCACAUGUCACACAGACCACCUCAUAGAGAGGGCAAAAACAGAGAUGGAAAAAGAAGCAGAAGAAACACUUUCAGAAGUAACUCCAAUCCAGUGAGUGGAGUCAGUGCUUCAGACCAGACAGGUCAAAGGUCAACUGAACCUAGCAAGGAGAGCAUACUGAUUGCUAAUGGACGGGUGAAGGUUGAGGACUCGUCCUCGUCCACGAGUGACAAAAAGUCGGUCAGUUGGAGCAAUUGCGAUAGGAAGUCCCAAUCUAGUCAGAAAAAAGUGUCCACUAAAUCUAGUCAGGAGAGCGACUCGGAGAGCGAGAGAAGAGGAAGAAGUGUCGAAGAGCUGCAAUCUAAGGGAGAUAAUUCCUCAACGAGUCAGCAAUCCCAAAAACAAGAAGAUAGUGCCAUAAAGGGGAUUCACACAAGUGCUAGUGCACUAGAAAUACUGUCUGCAGAUAGUGUGGCAAUGGAGAGACUGGAAAAUGAUAUUAACUUCCAUCUGGAAGCACCUGUUGUCAGUGAUGGGCAGAUAUAUAUCCUAAACCAGGAUGGAGUCAUAGACUACAGAGUGACAGAUCAUAAUCCAGAUAUCAACAAGGAGAGUGUAACUCAGAUAGAGGGGGGUCAAACAGAGGGGGGUAGUAUAGAGGACAAGAAGGAUGCCCAAUUAAUGGAGAUCUCCAGUUCCAUUGACAUUCAUCCAGACAUGAGUGAAGCAGACGAGACUCAAACAAAGAUGUCUAGUCUAGAGCUACCAUCACCUAAAUACACCAAGGAUCUGAAAAAGGAAUCCGAGUCUGACUCAGAGAGGGCGGAGUCUGAUUCAGAGAUUCGGACCUUCCAGGGACUGAGGCGAAGAAAGACCCGAGUGGAUGAUAGCUCAGAAUCGGGGGCAUCUUACUGUCGGCCACGACGACUGACAAAAGACAACAAAAUGAGCCGGAAGGAAAGGGAGCUUACUCCAACAAGUCUGGAACGAGACGAUGGAAACAAGGGUACGGUGAGUUCUGAAGAAUGGGAAGACCGUGUCCAAUCAGACGUCACUACCUCUACGUAUUCCACGAGUUCCUCAGACAGCGAGCUCAGUGAGAAUGAGAUGCGAGCCGAGUUCUCAGAGGGUUAUGAGAACACAAAUUCUGGAGCAAUUCCUCCUGAUGGUUUGGAGAGAAAGAACAGCAGUCAACAUGUAAUCAAUCUACUACAGCCUCCCACCAGCUGUUCUGGGCUAGGACACCAUACACCUCCAGAUAAAGUGAGUUGUCUCAUCUGGGAGGGAAGUGAGGCUAAAAAGGUAGAACUGACUGGGAUAGACAUUGGCUGGACAAUUAUUGAGAAAGUAGACAACAUCCCCGAGAGUUCCGACUAUAUCCUGAUUGGACUGGUGUUCUCUCUGAUCAUUGGUUGUGUCCCGAUCGUAUUUAAGAUUUACCACACUAAGGACAUCUAUAACCUCCUGAAUCUACAGGCCUUUGUUAAUCUUCUCUGGAGUCUCAAUGCGGAAUCAUGGAGAUUUAAUAUGGUUUUGGCAAAUGGAAUUCUGCAGAGAUUCUGUCUGAGUUGUGUUUUCUUCUUUCUGUUGUCUGUAGCGGACCGAACAUUCAAACAAAGAUUACUUUAUGCCAAACAUUUCUGCUACUUAACUUCCUCCAGAAGGGCACGUAAAUUUGAUAUGCCACAUUUUCGCCUGAACAAAGUCAGAAACAUCAAAACCUGGCUUUCACUCAGAUCCUACUUAAAGAAACGAGGCCCCCAGAGGUCAGUGGAUGUUAUCGUAUCCUCCUCCUUCACCACAACCAUUAUCAUCCUCACUCUUAUGUGUGUACAGCUUCUGAAGGACACAGAGACUUUCCUUGACUUCCUGUGUAACUGGGAACUCCUCAUCUGGUGCAUGGCCCUCGGCAUCUACUUGAUGAGAUUCAUGACCCUCGGGCUGAAGAUCAACAAAAAAUACCGCAACCUCUCCGUACUGAUCACGGAGCAGAUUAACCUGUAUCUACAGAUGGAACAGAAACCUCACAAGAAAGAGGAACUCAUGGUGGCCAACAAUGUCCUCAAACUGGCCGAGGAUUUACUUAAGGAGUUGGAGAGCCCCUUUAAGAUUUCGGGAGUCUCAGCCAAUCCUGUCCUCUAUAACAUCGUCAAAGUCGUCGUCCUCUCUGCCUUCUCAGCAGUCCUCACAGAAAUCUGUGGAUUCAAACUCAAGCUUUAUAAAAUCAAACUAAAGGGGUAAGCAUGUCAUCUCCUACCCAGGGAACUCUUGAUGAAGGACCACAGUGUCCCAGCAUUAAUGGCUGAUUGGUGGAUUUUCAUUCAUCUGACCAAGGUUAAAGGUCAAAAUCCAGUACUAGAGAUCACAGGUCAAGAACAGAGGUGUAUUUUAGUGUAAUGUUUUACUUACAAAGGGAAUGAAGCAGAAUGUUGUUAUUUGUGGAGUAAUCAACUCAACCAUAAAUAGUGACUGUUGGGAUUUUUUGUUUUUAAGGUGACAUUAGAAGUCAUUGAUUUUAAUUUUACACCUUUGUAGAUUUUUUAAACAUGCUUUACAUAUAGUAUAGUAUUUAUUUAGUUGAAAAUGAUCAUUUUUAAAAAAAAUAAUCAGAUAAGAAAUUGGAUUAGUCUGUGUAAUUGACACAGUUUUAUUCAA